AUGGUCCAGCGCAAUUACAAUGUGGUGUUCCAUGUGUCGCUCUUGUUUAACAUGAUGCUACAUUAUGAAAAGCGUCGUCCAUGGUGGAGCUACAUUGAGCCAAAACUGAUCCUUGGUGCACUGCCACUACAAAACAAGAACCAUUUACACCAGUUGGUGCACGGAGAGGGCGUGAAAGCAAUUGUUACUAUGAACCAGCCAGUUGAGCUCUUACCAAAUUUCUUGUCAACGCCAAUUUCUUCAGCGGAAUGGGAGAAGGAGCAAAUCACUCAGUGCUUCGGGUCGACCGGGGACUUUUCUCCACCGACACUAGCUACCAUUGAGAGAUGCGUGAAUUUUGUUCAUGAGCAGAUUGACGUGCAACAAAACACGACGUACGUGCAUUGCAAAGCUGGUCGUGGUCGAAGCACGGUAAUCGUCGUGGCAUUCCUCAUUAAGUAUCGUCACAUGACACUCGAUGAGGCCUUUGAAGUGGUAAAAACCAAGCGACCACACAUCAGUCUCCAUCCAAAGCAGCACCAUAUCCUACGAGAGUUUAGUGAAAAGUACUCGCCAUCACUUUCGUCUAGCCCUGCAUCGCCUGUCAGUGCAUGCACACGAAACCAUGGACAAUAG